AUGCCGGAUCAGGUGCUGGACGACAUUUCGCAUCGCCGAUAUAACCCACUAACUGGGUCCUGGCUCUUGGUGUCCCCUCACCGCACCAAGCGUCCUUGGCAAGGCCAGCAGGAGGCGCCAUCUAAGAACGUCCUUCCAGAGUAUGACCCUAAGUGUUAUUUGUGUCCGGGUAACACGCGAGCCCAAGGAGACGCCAAUCCACAGUAUCAGAAUACGUUCACUUUUGUCAACGACUACAGUGCGGUCAAGGAGGAGCAGCAGGAGUACAGCCCCUCCGCCAGCGAGGAUGACAUCGCCUCCUUGCUGCUCCAAGCUCUGCCGGUCACCGGGCGGUGCUAUGUUCUGACCUUCUCUCCUAAGCACCACGUUACUCUGGCCGACAUGACUCCCCAGGAGAUCCUGCCCAUCAUACAGGCCUGGACCCGCAUCUACGCCAGCCACCUAUCCCCGUCGCACCCUCUCAGCCAGCAGGCCCAGCAGACCCUCGCCCGCAUCCCCGUCAACCCAGAUGGCGAGGUCAAUCCGCCCAAGAACCAGCUCCGGUACAUGCAGAUCUUCGAAAACAAGGGCGCCGCCAUGGGCUGCUCCAAUCCGCAUCCACACUGCCAGGUGUGGACCACCAGCACGCUGCCCGAGGAGCCGGGCAAGGAGCUCGUGCAGAUGGCCAAGUACAAGGCGGAGCGUAGCCGACACCUGCUGGCGGACUAUGCCAAGCUCGAGGCGGAGAAGGGCGAGCGUGUCGUGUGGCAGAACGACGGGUUCCUGGUUGUCUGUCCCUGGUGGGCAAUCUGGCCGUUCGAGGUUCUUAUCAUCGCGAAGCGCCAUGUUCGCGCUCUGGUGGAUCUUACGGAUGAGGAGCGGCUCCAGUUUGCUGAGGCCGUCCAGGAGGUCACACGGCGGUAUGAUAACCUGUUCGAGACGAACUUCCCAUAUAGUGAGUCUUCCACCAUGCCGAAAGGCUCCGGUAUCCACCAAGCGCCACUGGACUGCACUGAGGAGGAGGCAGAGACCAGCUGGUUCCACAUGCACUUUUACCCGCCUCUCUUGCGGUCCGCGACAGUCCGGAAGUUCCUGGUCGGAUACGAACUGAUGGCUGAGCCGCAGCGGGAUAUCACUCCUGAGCAGGCGGCGGCGCGACUGAGGAACUGCGGGGGAGAGUUAUAUCGCAAGUCGCUCAACUGA